UGCGCCGUGACGUAGGCAGCGUGCAGGGAAGCCCCACCCCGCUCCGCCCUUAUAGCCACGGCCUCAAAGCGCGCGCGCCAUUGUGUGGCUGGGAUUCGGCCGCCGUUGUUCCUUCUUCGUCUGUGCGUGUUCUCUUGUUCUUUUUUCCUUUCCUUUCCCCCCUUCUCUCCUCCCUUUUCUGUCCUUGCCUUCCUAACUAUCUCACACCUGCGACCGCCUUUUUUUCCCCCUCCCCCGCCCACCAGCGGAAAUGCCGCGCGUCUACAUUGGGCGCCUCAGCUACCAUGUCCGCGAGAAAGACAUCCAGCGUUUUUUCAGUGGCUACGGGCGCCUGCUGGAAGUCGACCUGAAAAACGGGUACGGCUUUGUGGAGUUCGAGGACUCCCGCGACGCGGAUGAUGCCGUUUACGAGCUGAACGGCAAGGACUUGUGCGGAGAACGAGUGAUCGUGGAGCACGCCCGGGGCCCCCGCCGGGACCGCGACGGCUAUAGCUACGGCAGCCGCAGUGGUGGUGGAGGAGGAUACAGCAGUCGAAGAGCCACUGGCAGAGAUAAAUAUGGACCACCUGUUCGUACAGAGUACAGACUGAUUGUAGAAAAUCUUUCUAGUCGUUGCAGUUGGCAAGAUUUAAAGGAUUUCAUGAGACAAGCUGGAGAAGUAACAUAUGCAGAUGCUCACAAAGAACGUACAAAUGAAGGUGUAAUUGAAUUUCGUUCCUAUUCUGACAUGAAACGUGCUUUAGAUAAAUUGGAUGGCACAGAAAUAAAUGGCAGAAAUAUAAGACUAAUUGAAGAUAAACCACGGACAAGCCAUAGGAGAUCCUAUUCUGGAAGCAGAUCUAGAUCCAGGUCUAGGCGAAGGUCUCGAAGUAGGAGUCGAAGAAGCAGCCGAAGUAGAUCCCGUAGUGCCUCAAAAAGUCGUUCCAGAUCCAAAUCUAGGUCUCGAAGCAAAGAUCAUUCACGUUCCCGAUCAAAAGGCAGGAAGUCUAGAUCAAAGAGCAAAUCUAAGGCCAAGUCUGAUCGAGGCUCUAGAUCUCGUAGCAGAUCCAAGGCAAAGUCGGAGAAAUCACGUAGUAGGUCCAGGUCUCCAUCUCCCAAAGAAAAUGGAAAAGGAGAAACAAAGUCAAAAUCAAGAUCAAGAAGCCAGUCUCACUCCAAUUCUCCACAACCUCCACCACCAUCAAAGGCUCGUUCUGAGUCUCCUCCAGUUAAAAGGGCUACAUCAGUAUCUCACUCUAGAUCUCGGUCACGGUCAAGAUCUAGUUCAAGAGAUUAAAAGUCCUGAACUCCUUUGCACACUUACGGAACACUUUCUUACUUGCCAGGCAAUUCUGUGAUGUUAGUACUUCCAAUGUUGGCCUCUUCUCAGGAGAAAGCCUGAACCAGGGGCAUAAAGGUUUGAUUUGGAAGCAAAAUUAAUGGGGAAAAAAUGAGGCUCUAGAGAAAUGGUGACACAAAGCAAGCAAAGACCCCCCUUUUGUAGAAAUUAAGCUCUUUGAUUUUAUAGUAUUUCAGCAGUAAUAACUUUUGUAGAGAUUAGGCUUACUUAUGAUUUUUAGUAUUUCAGCAGGGCCUGCUGUUGAAUGAAGUUUUCUUUUUAAAGUAUUAAACUCAAAAAAGCUUUAAACUUUUAAAGCUUUAGAGAGAACUCAGUUUUUUUGGUUUUUGGUGUUUUUUUUUGUUUUUUUUUUCAAUUAUGUUCAAGUUACAAAUAAACUUGAGUUGUAUUAAAGGUUUGCUACGAAGGGAAUGAAAGCCACAGGUCAAUAUUAAAUGGCUUUUGAGCAGUUUUGUCUCGUAUCUAUUUUUUUUAAAAAAUACGAACUGUGUUGUGUAUGGUUGAGUGUAAAAUUAGGCAAACCUCAAAUCAGCAAUAAAUUCAAUUUGGUAUACCAUUGUAUUUCCAUGUUAUUAAUUAAAACUUGCUAAAGUAAGUCUUCCCACUCCCGUUUUGUUUUUCCACAUCAGAAACAAAAGGUCUUUGUAGGCAGUCUUGCAUAAUGAGGAAAUGUGGUAAAGAUGGAAAUUUUCUAACUUGAGAUUUGCUGGUGCACCAGGUAAAUGACAUUCCAAUAUAUUUGGAUUACUGUCUUGAUUACCUCCAUUUUCUGGUAGUGGUCAGUGUCAUUAACAUCUAAUACUUAGUUGCAGAAUUUGCAACUUGAAGAGGAGCAACAGCUACUCCUUAAGUCUUCCUCUUUAUUCAGAAUGGGAUGUGUGAACAUGAGGUUAUCUUUUUGAGGUAGUAAUAACAAUUAGUUUUGUAAAACUAGUUAGAAAAAUCAUACUUAUUACAUUAGAGGAUAGCGACUAGACUUAUUAUUUUCACUGGUUAAUAGGAAUUUCUAGAUAAGGAAACUUCCUCUAUUGAUGUAGGUAGACAUCUUUGCAACUUAAGUGUUAGAUGAUCCUCUUGAAUGCUAAGAUUAAGUGACAAUGUCCAGGGUUGCACAGCAAGUUCUUGUGUUUAAAGUUGGCUGUCUUUGCUUAGCUAUGCUGCCUCUGAUUUUAUUAAGUUGUAAAGAAAAAUCCCAUCCAAUCACCCCCUUUAGAAGAGAAAAUUUAAUGACAUGCAAUUAGAAUUCCUUAUAAAUUUUAUGAAGUAUAAUUGUUUUUAUUUUUUAGUGGUAAUUACAAACUUUCUUUACAAACUUAAAUUUCACUCCUAGUUAACAUGAAACUUGAAUUUGCAUUUGUGAUAACUUAAUAAAAGAUUAAUUCAGUGUAUCCACAUCUUAAAUGCCCAUAAAUACUUGACUUUCUGGUGCAAAGAUAAGAAUUUGAGAGUAGCUAAUUUCUGUUGAGUAUGGGGAUUUUGAAAUUGGUAAUUUCUAGUAUGUAUACGUUUAAAGUUUUCAUUACUUUGGCGCUCAUACAUGAAGCCUUGGCUCAUAUAUUCGCCAGUCAGCAGAAUACUGGUUUUGGUAGCUUCUAAGAGUUCAUAGGACAAAGGUUCACUAGUGUAGAAAUGAAUGUAGACUUAAAUGUUAGGACUUAAUUUUUUUUUAAUGGUUCAUUUCAAAUUUGUACAAAGUAAAAUGGGGAUAAUCAAAUAAGUAGUUAAAAGAGCCAUCAAGAUUCUAGCUCUCUUGCUAGCAAGAUAUUAAUGGGGCAUUUAUUUUACUUCUAGUUGUUUGUCAGACCUAGAUCAAAAGAAAAUCUCAAGUCAGUCUAAAAAUCCUAAAAUCCAUUUUUAUCACAUUGGAAUAAUUUGCAAGGUUGAUAUUAAAAGACCUGACAAAAAAUUGCCUCAAACUUCUAAUUUAAAAAGGUGGCAGAGACUAGGAGAGUAUGACCAGUCCAAUUCAGUUGUCUAAAGGUCUAGGAGUUGGGCUUUUAAAACCUCACUUUAGGAGUCACAUUCUCAAGGAACUGCAUUAGAAAUCAUAAUAGAGAUCAUUUAACUUGUUGCCAAGACACAAUAAGGUGCAAAAAUAUUGAUACUUCGUGAUAACUAAGUUUUCCUGUAAGUUAUAAAAACAAGCUUGCUGUUCUGAUAACUUUUUGGUUGAUUUUUUAAGAUGUUUACAACAGAGGAUGUGCUUUUUCAUUUAUAGAAGAUCUAGGUACUAUAAGAUUAGAAAGUAGUGGCAGUCUACUAUUUUUACCCAUACUAGUGACCAGAAAUAAAUGGUUAAGUGUACUGUUUCUUGGACACUAAAUUAAAGCUAAAAUAAAAACCAUAAAAUAGCUCACCUUUGGCCUUCAUGGAUUUGUUCUUUAAGGAACUUGGCUAGUAUUUUUUUUUUCAAGCUAAGAGUAGUUUGGUGGGGGAUGAAAUUGGCUUUUAAAAAUUUCCAAGGCAAGGUGGUCCUUUAUUUGGGCUUUACUCUUAAAUUUAAGUUACACUAUAUAGCAAUAUUAGCAUGUUUGGACAUUGUUGACUACUGCCUUGGCUAUAUAGAUAAUUGUUUAGCUGUAUUAUUGAAUAAAAUUUUUUCAGUAACUACAAA